ACGGCAUGGUCGUUUAGUUGACGUCGUUUUUGCUGCAAAAUUCUGCAAGAAACGUUCUUCUGUAGCUCUUCUUGUCUAAUAUAAUUUCACAAAAAAGAGGUUGAAGGAGUAAUAAUAAAAUGGAGGAAUUAUUUGUUGCAAUCCUAUCAAUGCUACUCGUAGCUGCUCUAGUACCGUUAUAUUUAUGGAAACGCCGUCAAAGUUCGCUAGCACCUGAUCAACAUCAAGAACACGACAACCCUCAGGUUGUGCAGAGAGAAAAUGUGGUGCGUGCCACUGGUGCACGGCGAAUGCGCAGAAGACCGGCAGCUGGUGCUAGCUCAUCUCGAGCUGCAGAAGCACCUGUUGAAGAUAUUGGUGAUGAAAGCGAUGAUGAAGUUGCUGCUGGUGAACACUAUGAGGCUAGAGGAUCAUCAAAGAAAGAGAAGAGGCGGCAAGAGCGGGAUGCUCAAAGACAGGCUGAGGAAGCAGCACGUGAAUCAAGGCAUUCCAAACAAGACCGUUAUGCAGAAAUGCGGAGAAGGAAGGAUGAGGAGCAUGAGGCAAAGGAGCGUAUGCUAGAAGAAGAAGCCAAUGCUCGAAAAGCCAAAGAGGAGGAAGCCGCUGCAUUAGAAUUUGAGAAGUGGAAAGGGGAGUUUUCAAUUGAUGCUGAAGGAACAACAGAAAAUGACGUGCAAGAUGGAAAACAGGAUUUGCUAUCCGAGUUUGUGGAAUACAUAAAGAAACAGAAAUGUGUUCCCUUGGAAGAUCUUGCUGCAGAGUUUAAAAUGAGGACCCAGGAAUGUAUCAAUCGAAUAACCUCUCUGGAAACAAUGGGGCGACUUUCUGGUGUCAUGGACGAUAGAGGCAAAUACAUAUACAUCUCACAAGAAGAAAUGAAAGCUGUAGCCGACUAUAUCAAGCGUCAAGGUAGGGUUAGCAUCUCACAUCUUGCCAGCAAGUCCAACCAGUUCAUAGAUUUGGAGCCUAAAGCUCAGUUUAUUGAGGAAAUUAGCAAUUCGGAAGAAAUAACAGUCGCUUGAUUAUGUAUGCCUCUGUUUCGCAUCAGAAAAUUAUCAUAGAAAAUUUACACUCGGAGUAGGAUGGAAAUUAGAGAUAGAUGCUGACUAUACCUUGUGUAGAUAGAGAGAAAAACAAAAUUGACCAUUAAGCUCAGUGGAAAUUUCUUGCCUA